GGCGCGGCCGGAAGGGGGAAGUUUCAAAGCCGAGAGGUGGCAGCUGGUUGCUGGAGCUACGGCGAGAUGAAGUUGCACUGCGAGGUGGAGGUGAUCAGUCGGCACUUGCCGGCCUUGGGACUGAGGAACAGGGGCAAGGGCGUCCGCGCGGUGUUGAGCCUCUGUCAGCAGGCGCCCAGGACUGAGCCGCGGCCCCGAGCGGGGGGCGAGCGGGGCGGCCGGCACCACGCCUGCCUGUUCAUUUCCACUCUGAAGGACAAGCUCGGGACCCGCUAUGAGCAGCUAAAGGAGAACAUUGAGCAGUUCUUCACCAAAUUUGUGGAUGAGGGGAAAGCCACUGUUCGGUUAAAGGAGCCUCCCGUGGAUAUCUGUCUAAGUAAGGCCAAUUCCAGCAGUCUAAAGGGUUUCCUUUCAGCUGUGAGACUGGCUCACAGAGGCUGUGAUGUUGAGGCACCACUUUUAACCUUCACACCAGUGAAGACUUCAGAAUUUGAAAAAUUUAAAACUAAGAUGGUUAUCACAUCCAAAAAGGACUAUCCUCUAAGCAAGAACUUCCCCUAUUCUCUGGAACAUCUUCAGACUUCUUAUUGUGGGCUUGCCCGGGUUGAUAUACGUAUGCUUUCCUUAAAAAACCUUAGAAAAUUAGACUUGAGUCACAACCAUAUAAAAAAGCUUCCAGCUACAAUUGGAGACCUCAUCCACCUUCAAGAACUUAACCUGAAUGAUAAUCACUUGGAGUCAUUUAGUGUAGCCUUGUGUCAGUCUACACUCCAGAAGUCACUUCGGAGUUUGGAUCUCAGCAAGAACAAAAUUAAGGCACUCCCUGUGCAGUUUUGCCAGCUCCAAGAGCUUACAGAUUUAAAACUUGAUGAUAAUGAAUUGAUUCGACUUCCUUUCAAGAUGGGACAACUGACAAACCUGCGUUUUUUGUCAGCGGCUCGAAAUAAGCUUCCGUUUUUGCCUAGUGAAUUUAAAAAUUUAUCUCUUGAGUACUUGGAUCUUUUUGGAAAUAUUUUUGAACAACCAGAAGUCCUUCCAGUUAUAAAGCUGCAAAUGCCAUUAACUUUAUUGGAAUCUUCUGCGCGAACCGUACUAUAUAAUAGGAUUCCAUAUGGCUCUCAUAUCAUUCCUUUCCAUCUUUGCCAAGAUUUGGAUACUGCAAAAACGUGUGUUUGUGGAAGAUUCUGUCUAAGUUGUUUUAUUCAAGGAACUACUACCAUGAACCUACACUCUGUUGCUCACACUGUGGUCUUAGUAGAUAAUAUGGGUGGUACUGAAGCACCUGUUGUCUCUUACUUCUGUUCUCUAACCUGUUAUGUAAAUUCCUGUGAUAUGUUAAUGUAAUAAGUGAUACCACAAAAAGAAAUUUCAUUUAGUUACAGGCCAAUUUGGGACUCACUUAUUGUUUACAUGUCAAAUUGGAGAAAGGGAAGCUUUUCUUGGGUUUUGUAUACUUGCUUGAGGGGAAAAAUGCGUUAGUGUAACAUUUUCGAUCAUUUGGCUGUAAUAUCUUAAUUUCAUUAAAACCUAAUUUUAUUGUGGUGUUAACUUUUAUCAGCUUAUUGCACUUGUGUUA